AUGCCUCCUAAACCUCAAACAACCUCCAACGAUGAUAUCAUCAACCACCUCUCUACAGCCUUUUCACCCCAAUUUCAAGAGCUCAACUCCUCAAUAGCCGCACUUACCUCUACGCUCUCGGCGCAAACCGCCACCAUCACCGACCUUCAACACAAAAUUGCAAAAAUAGAGAAGGCACCUCACUCUCUUUUGCCUUCUCCAUCUUCUACAUCACAGCCAAACCUCGACCUUCCCACAGAUCUAUCUUCCCCGUCCUCAUCCCACUCUCUCAAAACUCCUAAACUCACUCUCGCUAUAUUUGAGGGAACAAAUCCCCUAGACCGGAUUUUUCAAGCAGAGCAGUUCUUCACCUAUCACUCUGUCCAGAUGCACCAACGCUUGGCUCUGACCUCGUUUUAUAUGAAAGGUGAUGCUCUUAGUUGGUUUCAAUGGAUGCACCGUAAUAAUCUAUUGGUGGAUUGGCCUUCUUUUACGAUGGCCCUUGAAUGCCGAUUCGGUCCUUCGGCCUACUUCAAUCAUGAAGCUGCCUUGUUUAAGCUUCGACUCACCUCGACCGUGGCCAACUACCGUCGGGAAUUCGAGGCCCUCUCCAACAGAAUCUAUGGUUUAUCUCCAAGCACUCAACUUAAUUGUUUCAUCUCGGGGCUCCCUGUUUAUAUGCAGCGUGAAAUGUCUAUUUUAAAAGCCAGUUCUCUUAGUGAAGCUGGGGAUAUUGCCCAACUUCUGGAAGACAAAAUCCUUGACCUUCAAUCUCCUUUACCAAGAUUUUCGAUUUCCCCCAUACCACCGCCACCUCCUCUGCCCAAAGCUUCUUUUUCCGUUCCACAACUUCCUCCACCAAGGCCAUCUACUUCCCAAAUACCACAACUGCCUGCACCUAAGCCAGUCCCCUCCACUUUCCCGAUACGGCGUUUAUCGCCAACUGAGAUGCAAGCAAGACGAGCCAAAGGGCUCUGUUUUAAUUAUGAUGAACAAUACAAACCAGGCCAUCGCUGCCGCACAACCCCGUUCCUUUUACUUCAGGCAGAUGAUGAUCUUCCGGCCCUUGAGUCUCUGGAAGCUGUUCAUUCAAUGCCCCUCUCGGCGGUUCCAGCUUUGCCACCACCACAGGACACCAUAGUCGACGAUUCACUCGACUUUCAGGUAUCCUUACAUGCCUUGUUUGGUACUAUUUCUUAUAAUACUUUGAAGCUUUCUGGUGUAUUGAAAGGUCAGAACCUCACUGUGCUGGUGGAUACGGGUAGUACCCAUAACCUAAUCCAACCACGGCUGGCUAAGCACUUGAAUCUCAGUAUCGAACCAGCGCCGCCGUUCUCUGUUUCUGUUGGCAAUGGGGAGCAAUUGUUUUGUCUGGGCCGAAUUCCAUCUAUCCAAUUGGGCCUCCAAGGUCAUGAGUUUAAUCUUGAUCUAUAUAUGUUGGAUAUUCGUGGGGCAGAUGUUAUUCUUGGGAUCCAAUGGUUAUCACAGUUGGGGCAUGUUAUUGCUGACUACAAGGCUCUUUAUAUGAGUUUUUAUCAUUUGGGCUCCUUCAUCACACUUCAGGGUGACAAGCCCAAUUGUCCCCAACCCGUUUCUUAUGGACAGCUUAAACGUUUAGUCCACACAAAUUCUAUAGCAGACACUCAUUUUCUCACUAUGGAAGCUACCUCCUCUACCGCCCCCCUCGCGAAAUCCCCAAUUCACCCAGAUCUCGUUCAACUUCUAUGUAAAUUUCAGACAGUCUUUGAUACGCCAAAAGGGCUUCCUCCCCAACGAUUUCAUGACCACCAUAUCCACUUGCAGCCUGGCACCGGUCCGAUUAAUGUGAGGCCUUAUCGUUACCCUCAUUCUCAAAAGAGUGACAUGGCCACAAUUAUCUCAGAGAUGUUUCACGAGGGUAUCAUACGACCUAGCACGAGCCCGUUUUCUUCUCCAGGUCUCCUGGUUAAGAAGAAGGAUGGAACGUGGCGCUUUUGUGUGGAUUAUAGAGCUUUAAAUGAUGCUACCGUUAAGGAUCGAUUUCCGAUUCCGACAGUGGACGAAUUACUUGAUGAGCUCCACGGUGCAACAGUGUUUUCUAAAAUUGACUUACGUGCUGGGUACCACCAAAUUCGUGUCGCUCCAGAAGAUAUUUACAAGACUGCGUUCAGGACUUCUGAUGGCCACUACGAGUUUUUGUUUUAUGCUAAAGAAUCUAAGUGCGCUUUUGGUCGUUCCUCCAUAGAUCAUCUUGGGCAUAUUAUUACUGGAGAAGGAGUCAAAGUCAAUCCUUCCAAAAUUGAGGCUAUUGUCGGCUGGCCAACUCCAAGCAACCUCAAAGCCUUGCGUGGCUUCCUCGGUCUAACCGGAUACUACCGCAAAUUUGUAAAAGGGUAUGCUGCAAUCGCUGCUCCUCUUACUAAUUUAUUGCGCAAGGACCAAUUUCUAUGGGAUUCAACUACAAGCAAAACUUUUCAAGAUUUAAAGCUUGUUUUAACUUCUACCCCUGUGCUGCGGUUACCUGAUUUUGCCUUGCCUUUCUGCAUCGAGGCAGAUGCUUCUAAUAUAGCUGUUGGUGCUGUGUUAUCCCAAGGAGGUCAUCCCAUUGCUUAUUUUAGCAAGAAACUAUCUCCCCAAAUGCAAUCUGCUUCUACAUACGUGCGAGAGAUGUAUGCCAUAACCGAGGCAAUACACAAGUGGCGCCAGUAUCUAUUGGGGCGUUCAUUUACCAUAUUCACAGAUCAACAAAGCUUGAGGAACUUAAUGACUCAAACCAUCCAAACUCCUGAGCAACAAAAGUGGUUGGCUAAGUUGUUGGGGUUCAAUUAUUCGAUCGUUUACAAGCCAGGGAGACAUAAUUUAGCUGUUGAUGCAUUGUCGAGGUGCCCUGAACCUGCGGCUCAAUAUUUGGCUAUAUCGAGUCCUGUUUUCUCCUUUCUUGACUCCUUGCGCCACUAUUAUGCCACUUCUGAAACAGGGCAGCAACUUUUGAAUCAAGGCCAACAAGACUCAAAUAUGGGGUAUUCUAUAUCGGAUGGUUUAUUAUUUUAUCAAGGAAAGAUUGUGAUUCCAGAGGGCCAUGAGUUGCAAUCACAGUUGCUGCAUGAAUACCAUGGAACUCCAACAGGUGGUCAUGAUAUUUCGAUGGAUUUCAUUACAAGUCUUCCUCCCUCCAAUGGUAAAACAACUAUUUGGGUCAUUGUCGACCGAUUGUCGAAAUACGCUCACUUCAUAGCUCUUCCAAGCUCUGUGACAGCUGCCUCACUAGCUGAGCUCUUCUCUAAAGAAAUCUGUAAACUCCAUGGGGUUCCUCGCUCGAUUGUCAGUGAUAGGGAUUCACUAUUCUUGAGCCAAUUCUGGAAGGAACUCUUCAGACUUCAGGACACCUCUCUCAAAAUGAGUAGUGCAUACCACCCACAAACAGAUGGACAGACUGAGGUACUUAACCGCUGCUUAGAGACUUAUUUGCGCUACUUUGCCAGUGACAAACCCCGCUUGUGGUCCAAGUUUUUACAUUGGGCGGAAUGGUCUUAUAACACUACCACUCAUUCAGCCACAGGUUUUUCUCCUUUUGAAGUGGUAUACGACAAACCCCCACCAACUAUAGCUUCUUAUGUCAUUGGCCAAACUAAAAUUGCAGCACUUGAGGACUCCCUUCUUGAGCGACAUAAUAUUCUUAAUGAGCUCAAAACUAACCUUGCUUAUGCUCAGAACAGGAUGAAGAUGCAAGCUGACCGCAAGCGCUCGGAAAAGAGUUUUUCUGAAGGGGAUUGGGUGUUCUUGAAAUUACAGCCCUAUCGGCAACAGUCCUUAGCUCAGCGUAGCUCUCAUAAAUUGGCAAAAAGGUUCUUUGGACCCUUCCAGGUCGUGCGUCGCAUCGGCUCAGUUGCUUAUGAGUUAAAGCUCCCAGAGUCAGCCAAAAUACACCCUAUAUUUCAUGUGUCCCUGCUCAAGCGUUGUUAUGGUUCUCCAACGGACAGCUUUACUCCCAUCCCUGCCUUGAGUGACGAUGAGAAACCCAUCUUAGAACCUGCUGAGAUCUUGGAGAGACGCAAAGUUUCUAGUGGAGGCAUCUUUUCUGACUAG